AUGGGACUCCCUCUGUUUAUCGCUCCAGUCGAGUCAGAUCUCAUAUCCAAAGCUGCCGACAAGAGUGCGACAGCGCCACCUCGCUCCAGCAUCCGUCGCACACGCACUACUGGUCGCGUCACUGACCGCGCCGAACGCCGCAGGAUCCUGCGCCAUUUUGAAUCACUACGACAGUCUGGCCUUAUACAUGGCCCCGGUGAUGAUCAAUCUACAUCAUGGGAAACUGGUUUCCCCCCUGACAAUGACCUGACAACAAGGCCGCUGCGUGAUGUGCUGAGAGACAUGAAUGCAUCCGAUGAACGCAGAAGGGACCAUGUUGAAAACCGUCUGCACUCGUUAUUUAGGGAUGGCAGUACUUCAUCUGUAAACCAUGCAGGUGCACCUACUUUGAGGGAUGAGAUAGCAGUGACAUCGUUUCCCAAUGACGAAAUCCCGGCUCGAAGAUAUCCCCCGUUCUUGCUACAGCCUUCGAUUCAUGGUCCUCCGUCCAACGCCGAGGAGUACCGCGCAAUGGUUCGCGCAAAUCUUGCCAGUCAGAACCAAACCAGACUCCCGCCGCCAUCGGCUACUCAACGCAACCGAAACUUUGAUGGACUUGGUGACCGCGAAAGGAGCCUCAGCCCUGAGGUGUGGGACACACUUCUGUCUACCCUCACCCCCGACCCUCAACCGCCGAGCGCAGGUUCGUCUUUUGCAUCAAUCAUGGCUUCUCAGAGUGCAGGUGCUACCUCGGGCACCUCGUUCACUGCUCCUGACCCAGCCCAGGAUACAGCAAUAGAUCAAGCUUGCGAGUCUGGCUGCGAGGGGUCUGAGACAGAAGAACCCGAUCGUUCGCAAGCCAUACUAAACCGAAUUCGACGACGCCGAGAAGAGAUGCGACGUGGCGUACGACCAGAACUCAACAGCCCUUUCGACAAUUGGUUUGGUCGAGACAGCGGUGCAGUUAGCUCUGAUUCAAGGCACCAAAGAUCUCCGGAUGGUCCAGUGGUUGGUCGUUUGAGGCGCGCUAGAUCAAUCCGAGAUCACACAAACCACAAUGGCUACAAUCGAGCGCGUCAAGCUUGGGUGGGACACUUAUCCGUCGGUAAUUCAGAUGACGAGCAAGGUCCGGAACGAACAAGACGCAAUCGAGAGAACCCUGCAACAUCUGGAAGCAACACGCAUAGCAGAGAAGAAGAUUGGAUGAGCAUGCAACGUAUCGUACACAGCAUGGCGCGGCGCGAAGACAUUCCCGAUGAAUGGUGGGCUGGGGCUGGCCUCAGCCGAACGCUGCCUGGUGAUGGGACGGAAUAG